UAAGUCGAGCGCGCAACACUACAACUCUUUAACGUCCGUCUGAUAUCACAAAAAUCACUCCCAACCAGUGAUAAUAUUCUACAUUUUUUGGUCCUUCGAACCGGAUCUGGUGAAGUCGGUUUAGUGAUUUCGGAAAAAAUUCACUACGUUAAUUACCGUACACAGUGACGUGAAUCAUCUCUGUGUUUGUGAGGAAACGAACAGUUCGCUGUCUUGCUCCGCAUAUUGGCGCGAAUUGCUGUGAAAGGUCAUUACGUGCACGUGAACCCUUGUAUGUUCGUUUGUUUUCUCGUGAGUUGUGUUGCGAUUUAUUCAAAUCGACUUACUGGAGUGAAAGUUGUUGUUACGCAUCAACUUAAGGCAACAGGCAAAGCUUAGCGUCCCGCGUAGCUUAGCUUCAUCGGAAAUCUACGCCAUUGCGAAGCGUGGUUCCAUUUUAACGGCCAUCACUCCUAUCGUAUUCUAACGAAACUUGCAUGCAACGCAGCAGGUUGUGAACAAUUUCGAAUCAAAUUCAAAGUGAACGUUACAUCGUCUGUAUUAAGUGUUAGUGAAGUGCAGAACAUUGAACUUUGUUCAUUUUACGUGUGUGUUAGUGAAGCAACGUAGAAAAUGGAGAAGAAAAUCAAAGCCGCGCAAUUAAAAAAGCGCCAAGCGCAAAUGCUUGUGAAGAACAUUGAACAAUUUAAAAACGAUUAUAGUGAAAGUGAUGUGGGUGAAAUACCAGUGUGCUUGGAUCAGCUAGAACGGCAUGUUCAAGAUUAUUUGAACGCGGUAGCAAAACUGGAGGAAUUGGAAGAAUCUCCCGAAGCGUUAGAAGCUUUGCUGCAAGAGCGAUGUGAAAUGGACAGUGUGUACCGAAAGGUGAAAGGAUUUUUGUUGCAAAAGCAACCGUGUGAAGCCAAUCCUCUCAACGCGUCGAUUUUGCAAGCCAAUUCUAGCCUGAACUCAACGGGUAAUUUCGGAUCAAUUAAUGUGCGGUUACCGAAAAUCGAUCUCCCCACGUUCGACGGUGAUACGACGAAGUGGCUCACGUUUCGUGAUCGCUUCGUGGCAAUGAUCGAUUCGUCAGCAGAUAUACCUUCGAUACUGAAACUUCAGUAUCUGUUGUCAUCAUUGAAGAGUGAGGCGGCGCUGCUGUUCGAGCAUACCACAUUGACCGCGGACAACUAUGCGACCACCUGGGCCGCGCUGCUGAAACGGUAUGAUAACCCGCGCAUGUUAGUCCGUGAUUAUUAUCGAACAUUGCAUCACCUUCCCGCGAUGCAUGAAGGAUCUGUGGAUGAAUUGGCGCAGCUUGUGGACGAGUUCACGCGGCACGUGAACGGUUUAAGAAAGCUGAAGGAACCGGUUGACAACUGGGACACUCCCCUCACCACAUUGCUGUUCUUCAAAUUGGAUUCAUCAACCAUCCUAGCUUGGGAAAAGCAUUCAUCGGCCAGCCCCAAGGAUAAGUAUUCAGAUCUAAUCGAUUUCCUGCAGGAUAGAAUCCGAAUCCUUCGUUCGUCCCAAACGUUAGCGAAGAUAUCUGAAUCGAAACAAACGCCGGUGGCCUGUGGAGAAAGAAGAAUGGGAGGAAAGGUUAGAUACGUGAGCAAUUCAGUGUCAACGCGGAAGCCAGCUAGCAGCACAUCCUACGCAUCCUGUACAUUAGAGUGUGCAGAGCCACACCAUCUACGAAGCUGCCCGAAGUUCUACAAAGGAGACGUAAAGUUCCGGCGUGAAGUGAUUGCGAAGCAUAAACUAUGCUUCAACUGUUUGAACCCGAAUCAUCAGGUACGGUCGUGCAAUUCCGUCUUCCGUUGCAACAAGUGCAACGCACGUCAUCACAGCAUGUUGCACGACAAUUCACCGCCACAGGUAACCAUGAACGUAGGUUCGAGCAAUGAAAUUGUGGUUCUCGAAACGGUGGUUCUCUGGUUAGUCGAUGACCAUGGCAUUCGGCAUGAAGCACGAGCGUUGUUGGAUUCAGGAUCCAUGUGCAAUAUCGUGUCCGAAUCCCUAGCGCGGAAGCUGCUGACACGUCGUACAAAGAUCAACGUUGCAUUGACAGGUAUCGGUGAGGGUGUUCAGCAAGCCAAGGGUUCGAUCAUCGCAACGGUGCAGUCAAAGUCAGCGCCAUUUUCGUCGCCACUUGAGUUCCUGAUAGUGAACUCCCCUUGUGCUGAGAUACCGACUGCCCCAAUCGAUGUUGCUGGUUGGAAAUUCCCUGACGUUCCGUUGGCUGAUCCUGCCUUUAACCUUCCUUCAAGAGUUGAUGUGAUCAUUGGGAGUGACGCAUAUUGGGAAUGGCAUACCGGAAAGAAGCAGUUACUGGUCAAAGGCGGUCCUUGGUUGGUUGAGACUCCGUUUGGGUGGACAGUUGCUGGGAAUACUUCCCACAUUUUAGUCGCUAGUCCUGUUUCGUGCCACUCAAUUAGGAGCCAUGAGUCUCUCGAUACAUUGCUGCAACGGUUUUGGGAGAACGAGACCAAUCUAGAGGGACCCGCUCUCUCGCUUGAGGAAGAUGCUUGUGAGAAGCAUUAUGCUGCCACUACAACGCGUGAUCACCAUGGUCGUUACAUCGUUUGUCUGCCUCGUAAUCCCAGAGCAGAUAUAGUAUUGGGUUCAUCAAAGGAGAUUGCGGAUCGACGACUGAUGGCUGUGGAGCGGCGAUUGAAGAUCAACCCUGAAAUGGAGAUGGAAUAUAAGCGUUUCAUGCAAGAGUACGAGGAACUUGGUCACAUGCGAAAACUUACCGAACCAGUGGAUGAUAGUGUUCCGCAUUGUUAUAUUCCUCACCAUGCGGUGGUGAAGGAAUCGAGUACAUCCACAAAAGUACGGGUCGUGUUUGACGCGUCCUGUAAAACGAGCUCGGGAUACUCCUUAAACGAUACGUUACUAGUUGGCCCAAUUGUCCAGGAAGAUCUACUAACGAUUAUAUUGCGAUUCAGGUCCUACGCAAUCGCAUUAGUGGCCGAUGUGGAAAAAAUGUACCGGCAAAUUCUCCACAACAUCAUCGAUCGGAAUCUGCUACGUAUCAGGUACCGAAAGAGCCCCCUGGAUCCGAUAUCGACCUACGAGCUGAAUACCGUUACUUACGGCACGGCGUCAGCUCCAUUCCUCGCCACUAGAACGCUCCAGCAGGUUGCGCAUGACCACAAAGAUCAAUUCCCGAAGGCAGUUGAUCCCGUGUUACGUGAUUUUUACGUCGACGAUCUACUAACAGGAGCGACUGACCUUAACGAAGCAGUAGAAGUGCGAAAGCAAAUCACCGCAAUGCUCGAUUCAGCUGGUUUCGCAUUGAAAAAGUGGGCAUCUAACGUUCCAGAAUCGCUUCUAGAUGUCCCACGUGAAGAUCUUGCGAUUCAAUCAAUGCACGAGUGGAAGGAUGGUCAAGCUGUUUCGACGCUGGGGCUGGUUUGGGAACCCGCCAACGAUUCGUUUUCCUUCAAGGUUGGCCUUCCACAACCAGCUGAAGUAUUAACGAGAAGCUUGAUCUUGUCGUACACGGCAAGCAUAUUCGACCCACUUGGUUUGUUGGGUCCGACAAUCAUCAUCGCGAAAGUCUUUCUACAACGUUUGUGGAGUUUGAAGGAGAUUGGAAAGGCUUGGGAUUGGGAACGUGCACUGCCCGGUGAGCUUCAACAAGAGUGGAGAAGCUUUCAUUCAACGUUAUAUUCGCUACGCGAAUUAAGAGUGCCACGUUUUAUCUCCCAACCUACAACGGUCAGCUUGCAAUUGCACAUCUUCGCUGAUGCGUCACAAAGUGCAUAUGGUGCUUGCUGUUAUGUACGCGCAGAAUCGACGGACAACAUUGUGACGGUGCAAUUGUUAGCAGCGAAGUCGAAAGUGGUUUCAUUGGCGAAUACGCACUCGAUCGCCAGGUUGGAAUUGUGCGCCGCACGAUUAGCAACCCAACUGUUCCAGAAGGUGAGUCGAACGUUACCGGCAUCUACGAUGGCCUUUUGUUGGACCGAUUCAAUGACGGUAAUGUAUUGGCUGGAUUCUCCACCACGUCGAUGGAAACCAUUUGUCGCCAACCGAGUGGCGCAGAUACAGGAAGAAACGCGGAUAGCUGAGUGGCGUCACGUUCCUGGUUGUGAUAAUCCAGCAGACGACAUAUCACGGGGUCUGAAGCCGGAGGAGCUGCUUAAUUGUGAACGUUGGUGGCAUGGGCCUCGUUGGUUGGCUUACAGUCAUGAUGCAUGGCCAAAUCAUCCACCAGCAGUGAAGGAGAAUGACGGUGUCAUCGAAGAACGGGCGACGGCGUCACGGAUUGUCACAGUUUCUACGAGGUGUGAGUUCCGUGACAAACUGUUCGAGCGAUACUCAUCAUACUACAGGCUGAGACGAGUUGUAGCUUAUUGUUUACGCUUCAUGGAGUGCAUCAAGGGAGCCAACAAAUCAUCGAGAGUAAGCUGCAAGGAUGCGCCACACAUCGAGGAGAAGAGUGUUCCACCGCUUACAGCCACGGAACUACGUCGGGCCGAACUGAAGUUAUGCCAGUUAGCCCAAAGGGAUUCGUUCGCGGAGGAGCUAAAGGUUUUAGCUCAAGAGAAGCAUGUUUCCGACAAAUCGAAGCUGAAGUGGUUGUCACCGUACAUCGACCAUACUGGUGUGUUACGCGUCGGUGGCCGGCUCGGAAAUGCUGAUCUUCCAGAAGAAGGACGACAUCCAGCGAUUCUCUCGGCGAAGCACCCACUAUCGGUGUUAUUGGCAGUGGCGUAUCAUCUUCAACUGUUGCAUGCUGGACCGCAACUGUUAUUAGCAACACUUCGUCAAAGAUUCUGGUUGAUUGGUGGGAGGAAUCUCGUUAAGGCUGUUUACCACCGGUGUCACGUUUGUUUCAAAAACAAGCCGACUCUCGUGAAACAAAGUGUUGCUGACCUACCAACGUCGAGAGUAUCACCGACCAGACCUUUCUCGAUCAGUGGAGUGGACUACUGCGGGCCGUUUAUGCUGAAAUCACCCGUCCGCAAUCGGAGUCCGACGAAGGCGUACAUCGCAAUCUUUGUUUGCUUCGCGACUAGAGCCGUACACAUCGAGCUAGUCAGUGAUUUAACUACUACGGCAUUUCUGGCAGCACUACGUCGUUUUGUGGCACGCCGAGGCAAGGUGUGCGAGUUACACUCCGACAACGCGACAACGUUUAAGGGAGCUGCCCACGAGCUGCAUCGCGUGUACGAAAUGCUGAAGAAGAACGAUGACGAUCGCCGGUCUAUCAUCAAUUGGUGUUCGUCCAACGAAAUGGAAUGGAAGUUCAUUCCCCCAAGGGCCCCUCACUUCGGCGGAUUAUGGGAAGCGGCAGUCAAGUCGGCUAAAAAACACAUUUUACGCACGAUAAGUAUAACAAGUAUCGCCCAAGAAAGUAUGCUUACACUUAUUGCUCAGGUGGAGCAAUGUUUAAAUUCCCGUCCUUUGACCCCUUUAUCCGAUGAUCCUUGCGAUUUAGAACCAUUAACCCCAAGUCAUUUUCUAAUCGGCAGCAACAUGCAAGCAAUCCCGGAUGUUGACAUACGACACCUUCCGACCAACCGACUCAAGGAGUACCAACUCGUGCAGAGGCACGUGCAAACGAUCUGGUCCCGAUGGUAUCCGGAAUACAUCCAACAACUCCAAGCCCGAGCCAAACACAUUAACAACGCACCGGUUAAGCUGGAGAUCAAUCAGCUGGUUAUAAUCCAGGAAGAUAAUCUUCACCCGACUGUUUGGCCAAUGGGGCGCAUUACGGCGCUGCACCCGGGCAAGGAUGGUGUCGUGCGUGUAGUUACGCUACGUACGGCAGGGGGAAACAAAUUGUUAGAGCAGCUAAUCGUUUAGCUUUGUUACCACGACCAAUCGAUACAAACGAGGGAUUUGUGUAACCACAUGGUGCACUAAUAAUGUAAACAAACACUGAUACCGACCCAAGCGAAACGUCAAUUACGUAUAUAUUAGCGAAUAGGAUACUGGUUAGCAUGUUACAUGAAGAAAAACAACGAAUUUGCAGAAAUUGAAAAGAAUUCUCUUUUGGUGGCCGGAAUGUAGAAAAUGCAUGAAAUAUUAAUUAUUACACGAAAUAUGGUAAAGGAACAACACUAUAAGCAGAUAGUAUAAAUUGACGCACACGAACGAACUUAGAAGUGAAUUAAGGGGAAAGUGACUUGACCAAUGGAUGAACUAUGUAAUCGAAUAGGAUGAACUUGUAACCGGACCAGUGAAUAAACAGUAUGAAA